AUGGAUAGAUCAACUCAUUCAAAUGCUAGACCUGCUAGUGGCAGCAAAGAUAAAAAUGACUUAGGUAAAAAGGAGCAUGUCAUUGCUUAGUUAGAACAAAUUCUAAUGGAUCGUUUGAGAACUACAAUCAAAGAUAUUGAAGUAACUGAUUUUUGAUAUAUUAAUCAGGUUGAAUAAGAAAAAUAAAUGAAGUAAAAAUAAGAUCAAGGAAAAAAUGAUUAAGUUGCUGUUGCCUUAUGGUCAAAAAUUAAGGGAUGGGCAACUGAAUAACCAUUUAGUAACUGAUUUAAUUUAAAUUUUUAUAGAAAAAAUAGCAAUCUAGAUUGCAGAUAAUCAAAAAAUACCAUAAGAAGCAAGAUAACGAUUCUCUAAACCCUUUUAAGAUUAACAAAAAUUGAUUAUGAAUAUAGAAUAGGAUAAGUCAAAAGUUAAAAUUAAAUUAAACGAAUACUAUUAAAAUUUGGCCAAAUCAACACAAGAUAAUUUGAAUUCUGUUAAUGCUAGUUUAGGUAGAUUAGCAGCUGCAGGUUGUUGUGGAAAAGGGGAAGCUUUGAGAAAUUUUGAAAAUGAAUACAGAAAAAUAGAAUUAGAUUUCAUUUAAUGGGCAGCAUUACCUAAUUUAGAAAAUAAUAAUGUAGAUAUUUUUGUAGUUAAAACUAAUCUUAAUUAUGAUGAUUUUAGAUAAUUCCUAAUUAAAUCUUUAAAUGAUUAUUUUCCAAGUGCAGCUGGAGAAACUAAGAUUAUUGAGAAACCUGUUGAUAAAAUAGUAUAUAUAGAUAAACCAGUUGAUAAAAUUGUAUAUGUAGAUAAACCAGUUGAAAAAAUUGUAUAUGUUGAUAAACCUGUUGAGAAGAAAGUUAUUGAAUAUGUUGAGAAAGUUAAAGAAGUUCCUGUUUAUAGAGACUAACCUAUUUAAGAUGAUAGAUUAAGAACAGCGCAUGAAAUGCUUUAUGGUAUUGGAAGACCUUAAAAUGUUACUGAAGCUUUAAAUUUGUACUAUGAAUUGGCAGAAGUUAAUUAAGAUGUUAAUGCUUUCAAUAUUAUAGCCUAAAUAUUUUCUGAAGGUAAGAUCUUUCCAAAGGAUUUGAACAAAGCAUAUACUUAUUGGGAAAAGAGUGCUGCAUAAUAAAAUGCGGAAGGACUCUAUAGAAUUGGUCGUUUACUAUUAGAUUAAUUAAUUGAUGGAUAAAUGUUAUCUUAAGGGAAACUAUAGACAAGAGAUGAAUAGAAAUCAGAAGCAGUUGUAUUCUUUUAAUAAGCAAGUGAAUAAGGUCAUUUAGAUGCUCUUGUAGAUUUAGGAGAGAUAUUUGAGAAUGGACUCAAAAGUGAAGAUGGUGAAUCAUGUAAAUAUUAUAUAUCUUAUAUAUUUUAGAUAUAUAAGAACCUAAUUUAGAUUCAGCUGAAUUUUACUAUACUUAAGGAAAGAAAGUCAGAUAUCCUAGAGCUAUUAAUGCAUUAGGGCUCUUUUAUUAUAAUCAUCCAGAAUUUCAAGAAAAGGUUGUAGGAAAUAAUUAUCGUAAAGCCCUUAAGUAUUUUGAAAUAGCCAAAGAGCUUGGUUAUGCUAAUUCACUUUAUUGGUUGGCUUAAUGUUACGAAUUUGGAUAUGGAGUUGGUGUCAAUUAAGAAUAAGCUAAAAGUUAUUAUAAAGAAGGGGCUUUGAAAGGUGAUGUUGCAUGUAGACUCUAAUAUAUGCAUUAUGUAAUGAAAGAUUGUAGUAAUUCAGGAAAGUAGGAAGAUUAUUUAUUUGCACAUUAAUAUUUGAUUCAAAUUAUGAUCUAAAAUCCUGAAAUUACAGAAGUUUAUUUCUAUUUAGGGCAUCUUUAUGAAUGUGGAUUUGGAGUAUAAAAGGAUCCACAAAAUGCAAUUCAUUAUUAUUUUAAAGGUGCAAAAUUAAAGAAUCCUUCUUGCAUGACCAAAUUAGGAGAUUGCUACCAUAGUGGAUUUGGUGUUCCUCAAAAUUAGAGAGAAGCUCUUAAAUUUUAUAAAGAGGCUGCUGAAUUGAAGGAUUCAGAAGCAUUAAUUAAUAUGGGUCUUAUAUAUGAAUAAGGAUAUGAAGGAGUUAGUAUAGAUUAUGCAAAGGCUUUUAAUGCUUAUGAAGAAUCUUCAAAAUUAGGUAAUGCAAAAGCUGAUUUCCAUUUGGGUUUAAUGUAUGAGGCUGGUAAAUAUGUUAAAAAAGAUGUCAAUUAUGCUAUUUAAAGAUAUUAGAAAGCUGCUUAGAUGGGUUGUUAAGAGGCUAGGGAUCUACUUAAAAAAAAAUAGAUACCCAUGUUGUAUGAUGAUUCAGUUAGUGGAAAUAUCUUUUAAGAAAUGGGUAUAAAAUUAAUAUAUAUUUUUAGGUAUCCAUGCUGCCAAUAGAGAUGCUAUUAUGCUCAAUUAAGUUAUACCUUAAAUAUAAAACCCUUUAGUUAUUAAUAUUGGGAAAAAAACUAAUUAAUCAAUUAUUGCUUAUAAAUCUUAACAUUAAGAGAUGGGUGAAGGAAAAAUGGUCAGUAUUUUAGCACAUCCAAAUGCAACUUAAUCUAAUUAUGUUUAAAGUCAUUAUUAAAAACCAGGCUUUUAACAUUGA